AUGGAGUCAGCAAUUGAUAUGUACUGGUUCCACAAUGACACCCCCACGGUCGUGACUCAGAUACUUCGCGACUUGGACAAGAAGAGGAAACUAGCUAUUGUAUUGGAACUGACUGAGCCUGCCUUUUUCCUGCCCGAGGCCACGGGCAACAGGCCUGUUGUGCUUCGAGGCCGCUGCACGUUGAUUGUAAAACGGCCACUGAAAAUCAAACAGGUUGUGGUGGCCUUGGAUGGGUUUUCGUAUAUCAGAUGGCCCAACCGAAUUCGCGAAAUGGGAAGCGUUGUCAAUUGUGCUUUGACACUAUUUAAUUCGAAGAAGGACCCCAAGACACAGUUCCAGUAUCAGGCGAAAGAGCCCGAGAAACCCAUCACAGGUGUCACUGAAGUUGAAGUGCCGAAGAAGUACAACAAGCUUCGCAGAGUGGUAGACAAGCUCCGUCUGCGUUCCCCAAAAACCGUCCCGGAUGUCAAGCCCGAAUACUUUUCACCUGGAAAGUACUCUUAUGAUUUCGAAAUGAUACUGCAUUCCGGUCUGCCCGAAUCUACGUUUGUUGAGGGAACGAUAGUUCGCUACCAUCUCAAAGCCAGCAUCAAGUGUCACUCCAUGCUCAGGGGCAUGUACAAAUCGACUGAGGUCGACGCUGUUCGCUGCCCUGCCGAUGCCUACGUCGAAGACUCCGUGGGCGACAAUUGGGCUCUGCAUGUUGACCGCGUUUUGCAUGUAGACAUUACCCUCUCCAGGAAAGGCAUCGCUUUAGAAGAUUGCCUUCCCGCCGGAUUCAAGUACAAAGGAUACAACGACACCAAGUUCCGCAAACUUCACGUCUUCCUGGUUGAGGACGUCAGAUAUUAUACGCGGGAUGGGACGCGGGCCGGUAAGGCUCCUUAUAAAAAGUAUCUCAUACAUGAGACGCGGAAUAACGACCUCAGACCGGAUGUGCACUGGCAACAAGAGGGCGAAGUCUCUGAAGAGGAGCUGAACAACUCUGAAGCAAAAUCGACAAGAUUUCCUAUAUCUUCUAACAACUGUGACACUCCAGACGGCGAUGCUCUUCCUCCAAGCCAAACGAUUGGCUUCGACCUCGAGCUAAAGAUGCCUAAGUGCAAAUUGCACAGAGGUGCUCCGGACUUCAGAUUUAUGCACUAUGACACCAAACUUCGGAGCGUCAAGGUGUCGCAUUUCUUCGAGUUUCAGGUGUAUGUUUACAUCAAUGGCAGGCCCGCCACGGAACCUUUUGAACAGCUGGUCCCCUUGACGCUUCGCUCUUGCUACACCCAUGCGGGCAAUACGACCUUGCCUGCGUAUUUUGAGGAGCGUUUGCCGGGCUACUCAUCGCCUUCCCCGGAUGCCCCAGCGUCGACUACUGAUCAUGAUCAUGAUCAUGAUCGUUGAUAUCUACUGACUUGGAUCUCCUCCACUCGCCGCUGAGACUCGUCUGCAUUCCAAUUCACAUGGUUCUCAGAUCGGAAUGCUCAUCGUUUUGUAUCUGCUGCGGGCUCUGAGCGACCUGUUCACUGCUGGACAAGGCAACAAGUUGUGCUCGCUUUUCCGUCUUUUCCGGCUAGCAUGGCGUCGAUCUGCCCCCUGUUGAAUUGCGAGUGUCCUGAAGCGUUGUACAAUCUGACCUCGGAGACAUUUCCCGUCUCAGAUUCCUUUCUCGUCUGCAUACUUGUGUUGCAGGGUGACCGGUUCACUCUUGCCUCAAGUCUGCCUCAUGUAUGGUUCAUCUAUGCCUCCUGUGUGCC